AUGGAGCUUGGGUUAAGCUUAGGAGACGCAGCUACUGCUUCAAAACCAUUUGGGUUCAUGGAGAAAUCUACACAGCUCACCAACAAAGCCAAUUUAGGGUUUUGCAUGGGUUUAUCUAUUGGUCCAAAUCACACCCCGCAAGAAGAUGAAGAUGAAGAUGCUCGGAAACAUGGCAACCAUAUCGAUCAUAACUCCGACGAUACGAACACAAGAACAGCAACAAUAGAAGCCAACAAGACAACAAGUUUGACUGCGGACACUAGUACUGAUUCACCUAUCCAGCUUGAUCUUCUCCCUAACACUCCUGUCCCUCGUAACCAUCACAGCACCCUCAAUUUAGAUGGGACUAAUUAUGAGGUUGGCUCUUCAGGUAACAUGUCAAGAGGGUUUGAUGUGAAUAGAUUCCCUGCUGUUAUUGUUCAUGAAGAUCAGGCUGAUCAAGAUGGGGCUACCCUUUCAUCUUCACCACCAAACAGUGCAACCUCUUCUUUCCAAAUGGAUUUUUGCAUUUACAGUAAUAAAGGUAGAAGUGGAUCACAUAAUGAAGCUGAUCAGGCUGAGAGAGCUUCUUCAAGAGCCAGCGAUGAAGAUGAGAAUGGUAGUGCUAGAAAGAAACUCCGGCUCUCUAAAGAUCAGUCUGCUUUUCUUGAAGAAAGCUUCAAAGAGCACAAUACUCUCACUCCUAAACAAAAGCUUGCGCUUGCCAAAGAGCUUAAUCUUCGUCCUCGCCAAGUAGAAGUCUGGUUUCAAAAUAGAAGAGCAAGGACUAAAUUGAAGCAAACUGAAGUGGAUUGUGAGUACUUGAAGAGAUGUUGUGAGACAUUAACAGAAGAGAACAGAAGAUUACACAAGGAGCUUCAAGAAUUAAGAGCUUUAAAGACUUCAAAUCCAUUUUACAUGCAACUCCCAGCCACUACUCUCACCAUGUGCCCAUCUUGUGAGCGAGUUGCCACUACUUCCACCACCACUACCACCAACACCACCUCUGCCACAGCAACAACUGCAACCACCACCACCACCACCACAACCAAUAACCAAAACAAUACCACUGGCCCCACAUCUAAAACCACAGGGUUAUCCCUUAGUAGUACUAGACCAAGGUUCUAUCCAUUUUCUCACUCACACCCCCACCAGCCCACGGCAUGA